UUAUUUCUUCCAAGUUCCAAACCAGAGCACUUUCUCCCUCUCUCUCUCUCUCCUCUACGAAAGAACGAGACUCGCCGGAACUGGAGAUCUGUAUCGGCUUCUAGCUCCGGCGAGUAAUAGUACACUCUUUCUUGCCGUAUACCUAAGCAAAGUAAACGGAACUUCUAAGCAAGAUCUGGAUUGAAGGAUUUGUAUCCAAACAUCUUCAAUCCUGAGAUUCAAUGGCGGAUCCAAAUGCAGAAUUAUUGCAGGAAUCUGGAUGGGAGGAAUUGAGGAAGGAAGCUCGCAAGAUAGAGAGCGAUCUCGAUGUGAAGUUCUCCUCUUAUAAUAAACUUGGCGCUAGAAUCAACCAGGGAGGUUAUGUGGAUAGUGUUUCAUCAACUACUGGAUCGAGCAGGUCAUGGAAGUCCAUGGAAAUGGAAAUUGAGUCCUUGCUUGAGAAGUUAUUAGAUAUAAAUGAUGCUAUGAGCCGAUGUGCUGCCUCUGCUGCUCCUGCUACUUCUGUUACCCAAAAGCUGGCUAGGCACAGAGAUAUAUUCCAUGAAUACACACAGGAAUUUAGACGAAUCAAAGGAAAUAUAACAUCGAUGAGAGAACACGCCGAACUUCUCAGUUCAGUUAAAGAUGACAUCAAUGAUUACAAGGGAUCAGGGCAAAUGUCACCAAAGAUGCAGUUAUUACGUGAAAGAGCAGCCAUACAUGGUAGUAUAGCUCAUAUAGACGAUGUAAUAAGCCAAGCACAGUCAACUAGAGCAGCAUUAGGGUCACAACGAUCUAUGUUUGGCGAUGUUCAAGGGAAAGUGAAGUUACUGAGCGAUAAAUUCCCCAUUAUCCGUGGCCUACUUGGUUCGAUUAGAAGGAAGAAGUCAAGGGAUACAAUAAUCCUGUCUGCUGUCAUUGCCGCAUGUAUGUUAUUUCUUAUAAUCUACUGGCUUUCAAAGUAACAUAAUUGUUUUGAUGAUGUAUUUAAAUGAAUUAUGUUAGGAAAAUGUCACUUACAUAUACAUUGAUAUUUUUAAUCUGUAAUCUCUUUGAAACAAUUUGAAGCAAAUCUUGAUAGAAGAACCCUCAAAUUGUUUUUAGGACUGAGUAUUUUUUUUUUCAGGAUUGGGAUUAUUUAAAUAAUCUUGUUUGGUACGAGGUUAUAAAAAAUUGUGUUAUUG